AUGUGUGAUCCUGACAACCUCAAACUUCAAAUAUCUACUGCCAGUAAUAGUGAGUCCACUGGUUCCAGUGCUCAGAAUGAGGGCUCUGUCAACUUUAAAUUUGGCGUCCUGUUUGCCAAAGACGGACAGCUCACAGACGAUGAGAUGUUUAGCAAUGAAAGGGGAAGCGAGGCGUUUGACAAGUUCCUGACCUUGCUGGGAGACUCCGUCACGCUGCAGGGGUGGGCAGGGUACCGCGGGGGGCUGGACACAAAGAACGACACUACAGGGAUUAAGUCCAUCUACACAGUGUAUCAGGGCCACGAGCUCAUGUUCCAUGUGUCCACCAUGUUGCCCUACUCCAAAGAGAACAAACAGCAGGUGGAGAGGAAGCGACACAUUGGAAAUGACAUCGUGACGAUAGUUUUCCAAGAAGGGGAUGAUGCGUCGUCGUCCUUCAAGCCUUCGAUGAUCCGCUCGCACUUCACCCAUAUUUUUGCAUUAGUUAGGUAUAAUAGCCAGAAUGACAGUUACAGGUUGAAGAUAUUCUCAGAAGAGAGCGUCCCGCUGUUCGGACCUCCUCUCCCGCCUCCGCCUGUGUUUACUGAUCACCACGAAUUCAGGGACUUUUUACUCGUCAAAUUAAUCAAUGGAGAGAAAGCCACAUUGGAGACGCCGACGUUUGCCCAAAAGCGCCAGCGGACUCUGGACAUGUUGAUCCGCUCGCUUUAUCAAGACCUCAUGCCAGACUUGCACAAAGUUCCCUUCUCUCCUCAGAACAUGUUGAACCGUCGAUCCUUCAGUGACGUCCUUCCAGAGUCUCCGAAGUCGGCGCGCAAGAAAGAAGAGGCGCGACAAGCCGAGUUUGUCCGCAUCGGCCAGGCUUUGAAACUCAAGACCAUUGUAAGAGGAGACGCUCCCACCAGUCUAGUAACGACAGGAAUCUGCAGAAAAGAGCCGUGGGAAUCUCAACCAUUCUGCAGCACGUUCCCGUACGAGAGCGUGUGUGCGGACUCCUGGGGCCAGUCUCUGCUCGCUGCCACAGACACAGCUGGUGUUCUGCUCUUGGAUGGCGCUGACCCCGCUCUGUCCAGUGCGGAUACAGCAGCUGCUCCACCCGUUCAAGUGUUCGACAAAACUAUGGUGGUGAAACAAAUGCACGUUCUGGAGCCUCAGGACCUGCUCAUCAUGAGGGCAGACAAAGGGAAAGACGCCCGGCUGUAUGUGUUCAGACUGAGCGUGUUGAAGAAAGGCCUGGAGGAGAAGCAGCUCAUUAGGAGCAAGUGCGAGAGCCGCGAGAACAAGCUGGAGAAAACCAAAGGCUGUCAUCUGUACUCCAUCAACACCCACCACGGCGCUGAGCUCAGGAUCGUCGCCGCCAUCAGGAAUAAACUGCUCCUCAUCACUCGCAAACGGGCCGAGGGCCUCAGCGCCGCGGGGCCGGGAGCGGACACACCCGUGGAGGAGUUUCAGUACAUCAGGGAGAUCUGCCUGUGCGACCCGCCCGUGGUGAUGGCGCUGGUGGACGGUCCGACCGGAGAGAACGACAACAUGAUCUGUGUGGCCUACAAACAUCAGUUUGACCUGAUCAAUGAGAGCACAGGGGACGCCUACCGCCUGCACCACGUGGAGGCUAACAGGGUGAAUUUCGUUGCGGCUAUCGACGUGUAUGAAGACGGAGAGGCGGGUCUGCUCUUGUGCUAUAACUAUAUUUGUUACUACAAGAAAGUGUGUCCUUUCAACGGCUCCACCCCGAUGAUCCACUCCAACACCUCCGACUUCCACUUCAGCUGGAACCAGAUGCCAAACGCAAUUGUGUGUGCGUUCCCGUAUAUCUUGGCCUUCACCACAGACUCCAUCGAGAUCCGGCUGGUGGUCAAUGGGAACCUGGUUUACACUGCAGUGGUACCGGGACUCGAGCUCGCAGCCUCAAGGUCUGACAUCUACUUUGUGUCCUCUGCCCCGGUGAGCUCCACGUCCAACAGCAGCUCAAAAGACACCAGUUCCCAGAGUUCCCCACAGACGCCCACAGGCUACGAGAUGCCCGUGUUCCCCUCGCCACUCGGAGAUGAUUCUAUACGGAUUCCUUAUGGUACCAAGCUAUCCCUGUACAUGUCUAAGGACCCUGAAGGUGAAUGUGGGUGCAAACACAUCUUUAAGAUCCCAUUGUCCAACCUUGUGGGUCGCAGCAUUGAGAGACCCCUAAAGUCUCCUCUGGUUAACAAAGUCCUGACCGCACCAGCGCCCUCCAUGGUCCUGGCCAGUCCGCUCAUCUCAGCCUCCCACUCUCUGUCCAUGUCCCGGAUGGAGAUCAAGGAGAUAGCCAGUCGCACACGAAAGGAACUGCUCGGUUUAACAGAAGAACCAAGUGGGAAGUCCGACAGUAAACAGCGGAGAAUGAGCCGAAAGAACACGGAGGAGGAGCCUAAAGCCAGAGCCCUGACCUCAACGAACAACGACAGGACGCCGCCAGAGUCCGAUGAGUUCGAGGUGGACUUUCAGAGGCAGUUGUCCUCCAGCUCCGAGGCCGAGGGGGACAGGGUCUUGCUGCAGGACGAUAGCCCCUUGGCCAGUGCGUUCGGCCGCUCCACGUCCUUCGAGGAGGACGUCCUGGACCUAAAGUGA